GUUCAAAGGGAGAAGAUCAGUGAGAGAAGAUCAGUGAAAGAAUGAAGCUUCUCCAAGACCUCGUGCCAGGUGAAUGGAAAAGCACUUAUGCUUGAUGAAAUUAUAAACUAUGUGCAGUCACUGCAACAAGAAGUCGAGUUUCUGUCAAUGAAGUUAGCUUCUGUGAAUCCAAGGUUGGAAUUUAACAUGGAUAGUCUCUUGUCAAAAGAUGUAUUUCAGCCUAAUGGCUCUUUCCCUCAUCAAACAUACCCAUUAGAUUCCUCUGCUUCUGCUUUCUUUGGACAACAGACCCAGGAAUUUCCACCAGUACAUACUGAUCUUUCCAAUGGGGACCAUACAAGCACCACAUUAUGCCAAAACAACGGCAUGCAAUUACCUCCGGUCGAUGAAUUUGGCCAAGGUCUUCCGCAGGUAUUCAAAUGCUGGCCCAUUCCUGAAGAAUUUGGUGUUGUCUUUGUUUUCUCCGUUUUCAUUUUUCGUGUUUCAGUAAGGAAAACAACGAAAAGUUGGAAAUACCCAAAAAUAAAAUAAAAUAAAAUAAAAAUUUGUAAAGAGUUUUUUGAAAUAAUUCUGUGUUUUUUAGCAUUGAAAUAGAAAUUAAAAUACAA